AUGGCGACUAUGACUAUGACCGUGCCGCCCCCCUCCAACAAACCCAAGAAGACCGCAAAGCUGCCUCCGGAGAAUGAACGAUAUAUGCGAGCGUGCUCUGAUAUCGCCAAUGUACUUAUCCAGGACUAUGAGAGCCAGAUCGACCCUACCAAGAUCAAGAAGGAUAUCAACUUGAACAGGCUGCGGGGUCAGAUUUCGAGGAAGCAUUGCUUGAGCAGCCAACCGCCACUGACAGCCAUUAUUGCUGCGGUGCCUGAACACUACAAGAAAUACAUUCUUCCCAAGUUGAUUGCGAAGCCGAUUCGAACUUCAUCUGGUAUUGCCGUUGUCGCCGUUAUGUGUAAACCCCACCGUUGCCCUCACAUUGCCUAUACGGGAAAUAUCUGUGUCUACUGUCCUGGCGGUCCUGAUUCCGACUUUGAAUAUUCGACCCAGUCCUACACCGGAUACGAGCCCACGUCGAUGCGCGCUAUUCGAGCCCGCUAUGAUCCGUUUGAGCAGGCGAGAGGUCGGGUGGAUCAGAUCAAGUCCCUUGGUCACAGCGUCGACAAGGUUGAAUAUAUCAUCAUGGGGGGAACAUUCAUGUCGCUGGCGGAAGAUUAUCGGGAGUCUUUCAUUUCGCAGCUUCACAACGCGCUGAGCGGAUACCAGACCGAUAAUGUCGACGAGGCCGUACAAGCGGCCGAAAUGAGCAACGUGAAAUGCGUGGGAAUCACCAUCGAGACUCGACCCGACUACUGCCUGGACACGCAUUUGAGCAGCAUGCUCCGCUACGGAUGCACGCGACUGGAGAUUGGAGUCCAGAGUUUGUAUGAGGACGUUGCGCGAGACACCAACCGAGGCCACACGGUUGCCGCUGUGGCCGAAACAUUCAAACUCUCCAAGGAUGCAGGAUUCAAGGUGGUCAGCCACAUGAUGCCUGAUCUCCCCAAUGUUGGCAUGGAGCGGGACCUGUACCAGUUCCACGAGUACUUUGAGAACCCAGCUUUCCGUACGGACGGUCUGAAGAUUUAUCCCACCCUGGUCAUCCGUGGUACAGGUCUAUACGAGCUCUGGAGGACGGGUCGCUACAAGAACUACACCCCAAACGCACUAGUCGACCUAGUCGCCCGAAUCCUCGCCUUGGUGCCUCCAUGGACCCGCAUCUACCGUGUGCAGCGCGAUAUCCCCAUGCCCCUGGUCACCUCCGGCGUGGAGAACGGCAAUUUGCGCGAACUCGCGCUUGCCCGCAUGAAAGACUUUGGUACCUCCUGCCGCGACGUCCGUACCCGCGAGGUUGGCAUCAACGAAGUCAAGAACAAGAUCCGUCCGUCGCAGGUCGAGCUCGUCCGCCGUGACUACACUGCCAACGGCGGCUGGGAGACCUUCCUCGCCUACGAAGACCCUAAGCAGGAUAUCCUGAUCGGACUUCUCCGGCUCCGCAAGUGCAGCGCCACGCAUACCUUCCGUCCCGAGUUUACGAGUCAACAGACUAGUAUCGUGCGAGAGCUGCACGUCUACGGUACUGCUGUCCCUGUGCACGGCCGUGACUCGCGCAAGUUCCAGCACCGCGGAUUUGGUACCCUUCUGAUGGAGGAGGCGGAGCGUAUUGCCCGCGAGGAACACGGAAGUCGCAAGAUCAGCGUUAUCUCUGGUGUUGGUGUGCGUAACUACUAUGCUCGUCUUGGAUACACGCUUGAUGGUCCUUACAUGUCAAAAAUAUUGGACCCUGUCGAGGAUGAGUAA